UUCAACUCCUCUCCCCUGCACUGCAUCUCAUUCUCAUGUGACUUACUCCAAUUAAUUUCUCUCUCACGCAAUUGCAACACAAAAUAACAACAACCUUCUCUCUCUCUUUCUCUUUCACUUUCACUUUCUCUUUCUCUCUCUUCUCUCUGUUUCUUUCUUUCCUUUCACAUUCCCCUGCCCAUGGCGGCUGUCCCACCAUCGCGGACCGAUCCACCGGCAAUGGUGCCGCCGCCGCUCAUCGUCUCCGACUCCUUCGCCAAGGACGCCAUUCUCGCCUGGUUCCGCGGCGAGUUCGCCGCCGCCAACGCCAUCAUCGACGCCCUAUGCGGACACCUCGCGCACCUCGCCGCCGCCUCCUCCGACUACGACGACACCUUCGCCGCCAUCCACCGCCGCCGCCUCAACUGGAUCCCCGUCAUCCAUAUGCAGAAGUAUCACUCCAUCGCUGACGUCGCUCUCGAGCUGCGCAGAGUCGCCGAGAGGAAAACGGAGGUCGAAGGCGCCAAGAAAAGCGACGACGAGGAAGGCAAAUUCGAGAAGGAAACGGCGGAGAGUGGCGGAAACGAAGGUGACGAAGCUGCGCCGGAGUAUGAUUCGCCGGACAGUGAGAUUACUGAUUCAGGAUCUCAGGAAAUGCAACCAAGUGCGAUAAACAAUAAUAUAUGUUCCAAACAUGAAGAAUGUGAAGGACGUUCUUCACAAAUAAAGCUGACAAAAGGUUUCACAGCAAAAGAGUCCGUGAAGGGGCAUAUGGUGAAUGUUGUGAAAGGAUUGAAGUUGUAUGAGGACGUUUUUUCUGAAUCAGAAAUCUUCAAGCUGACCGAUUUUGUGAAUGAGAUUCAUGCUGCUGGCCAGAACGGGGAACUCUCAGGUGAAACUUUUAUACUAUUCAACAAACAGAUGAAAGGAAACAAGAGAGAGCUGAUUCAGUUCGGUGUUCCGAUAUUUGGACAGAUAAAGGACGAUACCAAAAGUAAUAUAGAGCCAAUUCCAGCACUUCUCCAAGAUGUUAUUGAUCACCUUAUUCAAUGGAAAUUAAUUCCAGAGUACAAAAGGCCAAACGGUUGUAUCAUUAACUUUUUUGAAGAGGGGGAAUUUUCUCAGCCAUUCCUGAAACCACCGCAUUUGGACCAACCUCUAUCCACCCUUCUUCUCUCUGAAUCAACUAUGGCUUUUGGGCGUAUCCUUAUGAGUGAAACUGAUGGAAACUACAAGGGGCCGCUCAUGCUCUCAUUGAAGGAAGGGUCUCUUUUAGUGAUGAGAGGAAACAGUGCUGACAUGGCAAGGAACGUAAUGUGUCCAUCCCCUAACAAAAGGGUGAGCAUCACCUUCUUCAGACUGAGGCCAGACUCCAAUCAAUGUCAACCACUAAGUCCUACCAUGACAACUGCAAUGAACCUUUGGCAACCUGGCAUUGCUAGCCCAUAUACUUUGCCGAAUGGAGCUCUAAGUGGCUAUGAUGAGGCUAUGGAUAUGAUGCCCAAAUGGGGAUUAGUUGGUGCUCCAAUGGUCAUGUUAACCCCUAUGCGCCCUAUGGCAGUGAACACUCGUAAACUUCCUCAAGGUGGGACUGGGGUUUUCUUGCCUUGGAAGGGGGCAUCCAGAAAACACGCAAGGCAUCUUCCACCGCGUGCCCAAAAAGGACGCCUUAUGGCAUUACCUUCACCAGUCGAGUCACACAUGGGAGAGUCCACUUCUGAACCCAGCAUUGCUGUUGUUGAAGGAUAAGUAUGGUUUUAAUCUCGAAGCUGCCUUGGGUUUAAAGAAAUGUGAAUCAAGAACGGUGGCUUUCAUGCCUCGGUUAUUUGAUCCGGAAUCUGGAGUAUUUAUUUUGUUGUCCAAACGGACCCAGGGGGUUGCGAGAGUUUGUUUCAUUCAUUUUUUUCUUCCACAUUUUCCCUUUUACUUGCUUUUUAGAUAGAUAACUUAGAAUAUAGUAUUUACAAUAGUUUAUUGUCGGUUCCAAUCAGCUUAAGGGCUUUGGAGAAUGUGAAUUAUACCAGGGAUAGAAUUUUAUAAGAAUGGUAAUUUAUAUUUUCAUUUUAGAGGUUUAA